GGAAAUUCGAAGGUCAUGGCAGGUAAAGUCCAUUGAAGAAUGUACUUGGUCGUAAGAGCAGCGGGCCUCUUUCCUAGCUACAGAUUUGUCAAGUUCGGGGAACUCUGACAUUGAAAGGAGCUCUGAUACGGAGAAGGGGACUGGGUCCAAUCUGAAUGGCAUAGCUCUUGCUUCACUUUAAUAAGUCUAUUGAUCAAAGGAAUCACGUAAAGAUUCAAUGGUCGAUAAGGGGAUAGCCCGGGGAUUUCACUUCCAGCUUUUAAAGACUGGGUAGAUAUUAUCAUUUCAUUUAUUACUCGGAUUAGACUCCAAUGGCUUAGGUAAAAGGGAUGGGAAUGCUACGACCUUUAGAUUUAAACCAAGUCGAUUAGCUGCCAGGCGCCCCGUCUCUAUUGAGAGGACAAUGCAUUCAGAGGAUUUAGCCUCGUUUAGUUCAGUCAUUUACUCCGUAAAAGGUAUUACCGUGGAUUCAAUCUUAGCGACCCACCCUAGUGAUAGGUUGUAAACUGGCUUUUUCGCUUCGGUGAGCGAAUCUUCUUUUCGUGAUCUAGCCAGUCAGUAACGGGUAACCACAAGCAGGCGCAUGGAUAGAUUACUGAAGAAGUGGAUCCGGGGAGCCUCCUUUCUCUAAUCUAGCUUGAAGACCUUCCUUAAGCAGCUCCCGCAUACGAGAAAGGCAUUCGAUUUCUCGCCUUGCCUACUUAAUAUAGAGGGUAUCUCUAAUAUAUGGGAAUAAGGCCGAGUACUAACCGAUUCUACUGGUAAAUCUGACGGGAGACCCCUUAUGCAUCCAGCCUUCUAUUGAAACUCCCGUCUCUUAGCGAAAAGACCCCUCUCUUGUGGGACCAGCCAGGCAUAUCUUUUCGCUUUAAAAGUCUGAAAGAUCCGGGGCAAGGACAGACCCGGGAAUCCUUAUGAGUCGAAAGGGACCAGCUCACUUUCUGGAAUUUCACAAUGAUGGUAGGGCUUCAGGAGCAGAAGAGUUCACAGAAGAAGGUGGCUCGGGUGAACCAUAUUAUACCAUCAAGUUGAGGAGGACACAUUUAUACCGAAUUCAAAGCUGGCUGCGCGCAGAAGUAGUUGUACUGCAUAGACUCUGGGGCAAUUAUGGUAGGGUAAAAGAAAGCUUGAGAGCCGGAAAAACGCCUCAGUUGAAAGAGCAGGCUUCUACACUUCUAAGCAGGAAAAGAUGAGAAAGAGCAAUGAGAAUUGACUUAGGUAAUGUACUUUUCUUUCGCACAUAUCUGAAUCGCGAAAUUCUGUCACGUUCCAACUCAAGUAGAAGAACGUCACACCUACCCACUCAUCAAUCACGGUAUUCAGUAGUAGAGACCCCUAUUGUAUUGGAAAUGGGCGCUCAUCUUUUGACUGCUGUCAACUAAUCUCUCAAAUCUUCGAUUCUAUGUUAGAACAUUUCUGUGAAUGCUAUUCCGAUCUAAGUGGUCCUAUUCCGUGUCCCGUGCUAGGAAGCAUUACUCCUCUUUUCAUUCCUAAUUCAAGAAUACGACCGAUACGAUUGAUUGGACUGUGCGCUUCUCUUAUUACUUUUUUGUAUCCCCCUGUUCCUCGGAUACAAUUCGAUCCUUCUACGGCCAAAUCUCAAUUUGUAGAAAGCCUUCGAUGGCUACCUUAUGAAAACAUCAAUUUGUAUAUGGGUAUAGACGGUCUCUCUUUAUUCUUCGUGAUAUUGACCACAUUUCUGAUCCCUAUUUGCAUUUCAGUGGGUUGGUCUAGUAUGAGAAGUUAUGGGAAAGAGUAUAUUACAGCAUCCCUCAUUCUAGAAUUUCUAAUGAUCGCCGUCUUCUGCAUGCUGGAUCCUCUACUAUUCUAUGUUCUUUCCGAAAGCGUGUCAAUCCCUAUGUUGUGCGGAGCUGACCCUUACUCUACCAUUAUUAUAGGGGUCUGGGGUUCGAGACAAAGAAAGAUCAAGGCAGCAUAUCAGUUUUUCCUAUAUACUUCACUGGGAUCUGUUUUUAUGCUAUUAGCUAUUCCGUUGAUUCUUCUCCAAACAGGAACCACCGAUUUACAAAUCUCAUUAACCACAGAAUUUAGUGAGCGGCGCCAAAUCUUUCUAUGGAUUGCUUCUUUCGCCUCUUUCGCCGUCAAAGUGCCUAUGGUACCAGUUCAUAUUUGGUUACCCGAAGCUCAUGUAGAGGCACCUACGGCAGGAUCCGUUAUCUUGGCAGGAAUUCUUUUAAAAUUGGGAACCUACGGCUUUUUAAGAUUCUCAAUACCCAUGUUUCCCGAAGCGACACUUUGUUCCACUCCUUUCAUUUAUACUCCAAGUGCGAUUGCUAUAAUAUAUACUUCCUCGACCACUUCAAGACAGAUCGAUCUUAAGAAGAUUAUUGCCUACUCCCCUGUAGCUCAUAUGAAUCUGGUGACUAUUGGUAUGUUUAGUCCGAACAUACAAGGAAUUGGAGGUAGCAUUCCACCGAUGUCAAGUCAUGGACCGGUUCCUCCAGCCCUUUUUCUAUGUGUUGGUGUUCUAUAUGACCGACAUAAGACUCGACUUGUUAGAUAUUACGGAGGUUCAGUGAGCACCAUGCCGAAUCUCUCUACCAUUUUCUUCUCUUCCACUUUGGCCAAUAUGAGUUCACCAGGUACUAGCAGCUUUAUCGGGGAAUUUCCCAUCUUAGUAGGAGCUUUCCAAAGAAAUAGCUUAGUAGCCACAUUAGCAGCGCUUGGAAUGAUUUUAGGCGCGGCCUAUUCCCUUUGGCUAUAUAAUCGUGCGGUUUCUGGAAAUUUAAAACCCGAUUUCCUCCAUAAAUUCUCCGAUCCAAAUGGGAGAGAAGUUUCAAUCUUUAUACCUUUUAUUGUUGGAGUUGUUCGGAUGGGUGUUCACCCCAAAGUGUUCUCGGACCGCAUGCAUACAUCCGUCAGUAACUUAGUGCAACAUGGGAAAUUUCAUUGAUCGUAAUCAGCAAAGAAAAGAAAAGGGAUG